AUGGAAAUUAAAAAAAAUAUAUUUUUUAUAACUGGAUGUAGUGGAAUUGGAUUUGGAGGUUUAAUGGUAAAGAAAUUAUUAUCAAGAGGUGAUUAUGUUGCAGCAACAUCAAGAAAUAAAAAUAAAUUAAUUCAAGAUAUUGGUUCGAAUGAAAAUGAUCAAUUCUUACCAAUCGAAAUGAAUUUAGCUGAUGAAAGUAAUGUUAAAGAAGCUAUUGAAAAAUGUAUUGAAAAAUUUGGUAGAAUUGAUAUACUAAUAUCAAAUGCAGCAAUGGGUAUAUUAGCACCAUUAGAAGAAACAACUGAUAAAGAUGCAAGAACAUUAUUUGAUAUUAAUUUCUUUGGUCCAUUAAAUUUAAUUAGAAAUUCGUUACCAUAUUUAAGAAAUAAUCAAUUUUUAAAAAAUAAUAAUGAUAAUAAUAAUUCAAAAUUAAAUGGACCACGUAUAAUAAUUAUUGAUUCAAUUUGUGGCUAUAGUUCAUUAUUUAAUGGGUGUUCCAUUUAUUGUUCAAGUAAAUUUGCAUUACAUGCAAUUUCAGAGACAAUGUCAAUAGAGUUGAAACCAUUUAAUAUUCAUUGUUGUAAUAUUGCACCUGGUUAUUUUCAAACUAGUUUUUUAUCAUCUUGUUUAAUACCUGAUACUAGAAUAGCAGAAUAUAAAGAUACUCAUUCAUUUUUGGAUGAAAUUGUUAAAUUAAAUGGUUCAAGAUUUUUAGGUGAUCUUUCAAAAGCUGUUGAUGUGAUAAUUGAAAUUUCAUUAUCAUAUUCACCUCCAAAUCAUGUUUUAGUUGGUUCUGAUGCUUUUGAAUUAUUUGAUUUAAAAUAUAAAAAAUUAACAAACGAUAUAUUAAUUAAUAAGGAAAUUUGUUCAAAUACUGAUAAAAAUUGA